AUGAAUUGCCUUCCCACCGGAUUCAUCCUAAAAAGGGCAUUAUUUCCCUUAUUGCUCACCUUUCCAUUGAUCUAUGGAACGCCGUCCCGGUAUAACCAGGGGUAUAACAUGUUCCAGGGAAGCGCAUACUCUGGCUCAGAACAAAGACAGAGGAAUAAGUGAGUCCAUUUUUCAUAAACGUUUGGCCAUGUAUAAUUUGAUAAUUUUGUGUGUAGUUUUGACUGAUCAUUUAUGGUUAUUAUUGUCUUAAUUGUCUAGAGUAUACUUAUUUUAAUUCUUUCUGAUGCCUCUUUCGCUGUAGGCCCAUACUGAAUUAGAUAUAGUUUUUGUUUUUGGCAUCGACAUUUGAACAAAAAAAACUAAAUUCUUAUAGGCCUACACAUAUAGCCUAUGUUAUUUUUUACUUAUUUUUUUUAGAAUGGAAUAAAAAUGGUAAUGUACAAUUUCGCUGCAAUCUCAUAAAAUAAUGAAAUCAACAAAUAUGUAUGGUAGGCUACAGAAUUAUUUAGAUUAUUCGACUUCAAGGAUUCAUUUCUAUAGAAUAGGCGGCAUUUUUUCGUCAUUGUCAUUUUGUGUGACACAUUAAUGCUUUUCCAGAAACUGGUGCGCAUACGUUGUGCACAAGAACGUGAGCUGUGCGGUCGUUGGAGGCACGGAGAGCUUUGUGCUGCCGGAGUCCGCGCCAUGCCCGAAACAUCAGCCCAACUGCGCGCAACAAGUGAUGUAAGUGCCCCAAGACGCUCGAAAGGGUGGAGUGCUGCUAUUUUUAUUGGUCUAAAGAGCGGUGUUACAGUAGUGACUCAACAUCAUUCAAGUAUGACGACUUUGAACACUUAUGCCGCAUUCAAGUGUUAGUCGGAACUAGGAAACUCUGUAAUUUCCGACAUGCUAACUGGUUGAAUGCAGCACGCGUAUAACUUCUACCAGUUAGUAAAUCGGACAUUUUCGAGUUUCGGAAUUCCGACUAGCACGUGAACGCAGCAAUAAUUUCGAACGUUCAUAAGAUUUCCAUAUGUAUCAAACAAUAGAGCUAGCCAGCGUGUAGUCUUAAAACCCGGAAAUGAGUUACCUCUGGUUCAUUCAGACAUCCCUAUGGAACAAUGAAUGGGGAAAUAAUAUGGUUUUGGAAUUAACACCGAAAAUAAGGUCUGAGGUUAACACAGGCUCAGGAGAUCUUAUAUGUUUUGUUCUGUGAGAUAAUAGCAGUCAUGAAUUAUGAAGCCUUUAUGUGCUUUUUUGUUUUACAAACUUCUUCAAAUAAAUAAAAAAUGGACAUUAGCUGAUUAAGAUUAUUUCAUAGAACAAAACGUAUAAGAUCUAAGCCUGUGUUUACCACAUACCUCAUUUUCGGCAUUUAUUCAAAAACCCUACAAAAACACCUUUCAUUUUCCUCAUAGGCUUUGUCUAACGAAUCAUGGCGGAGUUGGUGUCUACAAAAAGAUGCCAUUACUAUUUCUCUCUAGUGUUGAGGAUCCAUGGUUGGUCCCAUCCUCUGCCUGAGACUGUCUCUAAGAAAUAGUAUUCAAAACACUGUUACAUGAUUGCAUUGUUUAUUGGCAUUCCAACUAAACCUGUGUAAAUCUCAGCAAAGAAAAUAACUAGUCAGCUGUUAAUGUAGGCUAUUGUAUUCAUGAUUGCCAUCAGCAAGUUUAUCACUGCACUACAGCAGCAGAGGGUAUGUCUCUGUGAUCUUUGCACCCACUGUUAGGUCAGUUGGGUCACUAACUGGGAUAGUGUGUAGUGAUAAACCUAGGACAUAGGCCCCUACUUGUCCCGUCAUCCUCUGUAAUCUGUCUUCACUCCUUCCGAUCAUCAGAUUAUUCAAUAUUUACGACAGAUCAUCUCUGGGUGAUUUAGACGUUUAUGAGACAAGUGAAUUUGAUUGAUUGAUUCUUUAUGGUCUAUUUGUCAGUGUCUGCGACAAGUAAAAUGUCCACGAGCCAUUGAGCUUUAUGGUAGAUAAGGGGGGGGAUAAAGGAUUGUGCAGCUGAGAAGAAUAGGCCCUUUAUCUUCCUAAACUGUAAAUAAGCAACUGCUUGUCCUGGCACGCAUGGCACUGUUACUCCCAGCCCCCCUGUGCAACAUCAGAGGCAUCUGACACAUUUCUCCUUGGGUUGGCUGCUUUCAUGUGUGUUAUGAUUGAACAUCAUGUUGGGCAACAAGCAGCCAGCUCUGAGAUAAUAUCCUGGGGCCAGUGACGAUGCGUGGUUCCACAUUUGACUGGGUGUGAAUGGUGGAAAAUAUGAGGCAGCGUUAAAAGGAGUGCAUGAUUCAUUAGGAGUGUGACUGGCUAGCUAGCCCAUUUGGAGUUUGUUGUCAUAAAUAAACAGAUCUUUAUUGCUCGACAAAGCAUUGUUCACAUUUCAUUAACAUAAAGGCCCAUUGAAACUUUAAAGCAGAAGGUCACUGUAGAAUAACAUUGAGGGGGUUUUAUGUUGUGAUCAUAAUUGCUAGAGUAUGUCUUGGUUGAAGUCUUUCCUUUGAGCUGUUCCCGAUGUCCUUCAUGGUUAGAUUGAUUAAAUCUGUUUUAAAAUAUGAAUAUCAUUACCAUUGCUAAUUCGUGAGGACUGCCAGUCAAGUUAAGUCAAAACGAUCUCCCCAAUGUAGAAAAUGUGAAUGCACCUUUAGGUCAUCUCUUUCUAACCAUCAUCUUUAUUUUUCCCAGGUAUCGGACCCAAUUCCGCCCCAUGUAUAAGGUUAGCUAUAAGCUGGUGACCGAGCUGGAGUGGAGGUGCUGUCCAGGGCACCAGGGUCAUGACUGCAAAGACCUGAAAGGCAUCCCAUCCCAUCAGACAGUGCUGGGGCCUCGGCCCACCCUGCCGCCUGCCCCUGGUCACGUCCCAGAGACACAGGGUAGGAGAGUUGCUUAAACCUACCUCACCUUGUAGAGACAGAUACCUGACCCUAAACCCUAUAUAGAGCCCAUACAUGACUAGUAUGCUUGUUUUCUCAUAUGAUUCGUUUAGGAAUGUUUUGCACUACUCUACUAAUGUAAUCAUGUAAAACAUAGAUUACACCCACAAUUAGAUGUACAUAUCCUAGAUGAAAAUAGGAUUUAUCCUAACCAUCUGAUAACCCCCCUGUAGGUCCGGGGCAGCAGGCAUGGGGUCAGAGUGGCCACCCCUGGGGGGCAGGGAGGCAGCCAGGAGGUCAGACAGGCCAAGGGCCGGUGGGGGGCCAGGGAGGGAAACAGACAACACAGCCGCUGGAGGAGGAGGUACAGCGUCUGUCCCAGCAGGUUCUAGACAUGCAGGCAGCCAUGACCAGCCUGUCAGCCAACCUGAGAGUGGACCUGCAGGAGGACGCCAGCAAGAUGCUGGUCACGCUGCUCAACAUCUUGCAGCAGCCAGACAGCGUGCGUGGGGAGCAGCAGAGCAUGCUGCUGCAGGGUCUUUCCCUGGAAAAGGAGUACAACACGGUGGACAUGGACAAGUUCACGAGCAAGAUCAACCACCUCACCGACACCAUUAACACCAAGAGCAAGGUACUGGACGACCUCCAGGUCAGAGUCAACCACUAUGACGGACAGCUCCGCCUGCUAAUGGAGGCCAGCCCGGCCACACCCCCUCCCGCUCCUCCGGCCAAUGAUGCGACCCUGCGCGCCUACGUGGACACAAAGUUCCACGCCCUGAAGAACGAGAUGAUGGAGGGCAUGGAGAUCAAGAUGGCGGACCUGAAGAACUCUUGUGACUAUAAGAUGCUGUCGGUGCAGGAGCAGUGUGAGGGCCAGGAGAACAGCUACCUUAGCCUGACCGAGCUCCUCGAGUCCAAGGAGAUGGACCUCCGCAAGGAGAUCCAGGACCUCAAGAACCAGCUGCCUAAUUCACAGAGGGAAGACGGAACCUCUUCAGGGGUGGAGGAGCUGCGGAAGGAGCUGUUCCGGGUCACUGAGGCCCAGCUGAGCCUCCAGUCCAGCCUAGAGAAGAAGUCCAAGCCUGACCCACUCCUGCCCCGUGUGGAAGAGCUGGAGGCCCGUCAGAACAGUUCGGAGAGGAGUGUGGAGGUGCACAGCCUCUUCCUGGAGGAGAAGCUGAGGAGAGAGGGGGCGGAGGGGGCCGCAGACCUGAAGAAGGCUAUGGAGGACAGGAUGAGCUCCAUGGAGGACCAAGUCACCACUCUACUGGUGGAGAUAAGCAGCCCCGUAUCUGGGGCUCAGACUGGGCUAGAGGCACUGCAGAGUGAGGUGGCCUCUCACAAAACCAGUGUUCAGGCUCUGGAGGAACAGACUAAAUGCCCUAGAACAUCUGUGCUCUACGGAGUGCAAGUCUGACCAACCGGCCAUAGAGAGCAUUCAACAGAACCUCCAGGUCUACAGAACCAGCCUGGACACAAUGGAGUCUAGCAUCAAUGAGCACUCAGCUAGUCUUGGAGACAUGGAGGAUUUUGUCCAAGGGCAGCUCCUGAACCAUACUGCCAGUCUUACAGAUGUGCAGGAAGAGCUGGGAGCUCUUAAAGGACGUAUGGGAGGACAGGAGGGCUCUCUGUCAGCCUUGGGUCUCUCUCUCAGCCAGCAGUCCCUGGAGCUCCAGGGGCAGCUUCUGAACCACAGUGCCAGUCUUAGAGGCGUGGAAGAAGCGCUAGGAGCUCUUAGUGGACGUAUGGGAGAGCAGGAGGGCUCUCUGUCGGCCCUGGGUCUCUCUCUCAGCCAGCAGUCCCUGCAGCUCCAGCAACUGAACACCUGUUGCCUAAGAAGUGCAGGGCCGGCCCAUGAGGCCAGGGACCUGCUAGAGCUCCACCUGGCCCAGAGAGAGGAGCCAAGGGCCAGGCUGGAGGAGCUGGGCCGGGAGGUGAGGGCUGAGGCAGACCACUGCAGGAACAGGACCGAGGGCGUAGCUCUGGACGUUGCCAGCGUGGACAGCCGGGUUACCAGCUUGGAGAACGUGUGCGGUAGGCUGGAGCCCAUCUCCAGCAGCCUGCACAGGAUCAAGGAGGGGCUGAACAAGCAUGUGACCGGCCUGUGGAACUGCAUCAGCCGGAUCAACGGCACAUUGCAAGCCCACACCACGGACAUCAGAGGACUGAAGAGAACAUACCAGAACCUCCAGGACCACUUCUCAGGCAUCAACCAGGACCUACAUCAUCUGACCACCAGUCCUGAGAACACUGGUAAGACUUGA